GAGGAAGGGGCGUGGCUGUCGGAUCGGUCUCCGCCACCCUCUUCCGGGCUCCGCUGGCUGCGCGCGCAUCCUCCCCCCUUCUUUUGUGGUCCGGCCCAUUGCGAGGGUGACAGGAAACCCUGUGCAGGGAGCGCCGCCAUCUUGGGCCAGCCCGAGGAAGAUCCUGAGGGAGCCGCAGGAGCAGCCGCCGCCACCACCGCGACUGCCGCCCGAGUGUCUGCAACCUCAGGCCAGCCCGCCUUCCUACCAGGGCCUUGGCCGACGGAUUCCGGCCGCCCUCCCGCCGCGUCCGCCCUCUGCUUCCUCGUCCUGACGUCCCCCUCCCGUCCGGAAAGCUGCCCAGCCACCAGCAACCCCCCAGUGCCACCAUGGCAACUGCACCGUACAACUACUCUUACAUCUUUAAAUAUAUUAUUAUUGGGGAUAUGGGAGUAGGAAAAUCUUGCUUGCUUCAUCAAUUUACAGAAAAAAAGUUUAUGGCUGAUUGUCCUCACACAAUUGGUGUUGAAUUUGGUACAAGAAUAAUUGAAGUUAGUGGCCAAAAAAUCAAACUGCAGAUUUGGGAUACAGCAGGACAGGAGCGGUUCAGAGCUGUUACACGGAGCUACUAUAGAGGAGCUGCGGGUGCUCUCAUGGUGUAUGACAUCACCAGAAGAAGUACAUAUAACCACUUAAGCAGCUGGUUGACAGACGCAAGGAAUCUCACCAAUCCAAACACUGUAAUAAUUCUCAUAGGAAAUAAAGCAGAUUUGGAAGCACAGAGAGAUGUUACCUAUGAAGAAGCCAAACAGUUUGCCGAAGAAAACGGUUUAUUGUUCCUUGAAGCAAGUGCAAAAACGGGAGAGAAUGUAGAAGAUGCUUUUCUUGAGGCUGCCAAGAAAAUCUAUCAGAACAUUCAGGAUGGAAGCCUGGAUCUGAAUGCUGCCGAGUCUGGUGUACAACACAAACCCUCAGCCCCGCAGGGAGGACGACUAACCAGUGAACCCCAACCCCAGAGAGAAGGCUGUGGCUGCUAGUGACCUCUUUGCUCGGGCCCCUCUUUGACCUUUCACCUCUGUCUGUUGGAAGCAGUACUUUUUACUGCCUCCUUGUCUUCUGUACAUCUUACUGGGUUUAAUUAAAAAAAGAAAAAACAACUCUUGUAAAAACAGUUUAACAAUACUAAACUGCUAAACAACUAGAUGUAAUCAGGUUAUCAAAGGCAAGUAGAGUAAUAAAUCUCUCCUGCAUGGUAAAUCUAGACUUUUCCCCUUUGAUUGUCCUUGUGAUAGGUUUGUCACCAAUAUAUGAUUUAAACUGAACACUGAUGCUGGACCUGAUUUUUACCUUCCCUUUUGGCAAGGCUUUGUCUCACUGUACGGUUUAAAUUUGAUCUUUUCAGCCUUUCUCCCAUCUUUCAACUGUUGAGUAUGUCUGUUGUAGCCAGUAAGUUCAUUGCUGUGAAAUGACUUUGGAUGGUAGAGAAAAGGGGUCUGCAACUGCUUUUGUUUUUGUUGGAUAAAUUCCCUGUUGUAAGGGUGGCAUUUUCCUUGAUGAGGUUUGCUUCUGUCUUAGCCUUGCACAGGGAAAAAUACCCAUUUAUCUUUUCUUGUGCUUAAUUAAUAGCUUUAUCUUUUUUUUAAUUUUUACACUAUUUUAUCCUUUUCUCUUUAACAGAAAGUAAAUAUGUAUAAAAUUUGAAGGAACCUAACUAACAAUACCUUCUGUGUAUAUUAUUUUAAUGAAGAAAGUAAAUUGAUUACUGGCAUUGGAACAGUAUAAAAUACCAGUUUGUACAGUGUGACCUAUAUGUGACCAUGUUACUCUCCCAUUUCACACAAGGAAAUAGACACAACUGCAGUUCACAAGUAAUACUGGCUCCACUCCUUGGUGCUGGCAGUGUUUGGGGACAGACAAAAUGCUGGAAAGAGCUCCUGGCAUCAGCAGAAACACUAGCGGAUUCUAUUCCAUCUUUGCACUGUGGCAUACCUGCUGAUUUUCUUAACUGUUCUUCUGUAAUCAGUGUGCUCACCUGCUUUUCUUUUUGUAAACAUUUUGUGUUACAGGCUGCAUUCUUGCCUUACUGUAUAGGAAAAGGAAGAAGGCUGGAUUUAAUAUUGCACAUUUUAAGCUUUUAUACCUUUAUCUUGGAAUGGUCAACUUCUGGACCAGAUAGCCAGAACCACAGGUCUGCUGUUAAGGGAUUUUAAAUUGUGCAUUUUUAACACUACAGUGAAAUAAUUACUGUUAUCCUUUGUGUUCAUAGUAUGAGGGGCUAUUUUAUGUCAUGUUGGCAUAAAUUAUUUUGUAAAAGGGAAGGUGUUUCUAAAUGUGUGUGCUGACUUAAUGUAAGUUACUACUUUGCACUGGUGGUCUGGCCACGGAAAGAACAACACCUUACAAGAGAAAUAGAUCUCUAGGCAACAUCUGCUUCACUGAGUUCUUCCCAUCUCUUGGUUGGUUUCUAGCUAAGUUUAAAGUGGCUGGGAAUUGAGAGGUCAUUGGAAGUGCACGUAGGUAAGCCCGAGCACAUUAUAUAAAAUGUUCUCAGCUCAACGCUGUGUUUAAAAUACACAUUUUAAAUCCCUCUUUACCAGACACUAAUGUAAAAGAACAUCUUCUGGAUUAUAAACAUGUGGUAGUUCCAGAGUUUUGUAUAGUCAAUGUUAAAUAAAAGCAAAACUGGAAUGUGCAGAAAAUAGGGUUCUUUUUUUUUUUUUGCGGAUUCACCUUUUUGUCCUUGCUUAACUUAAAGGAAUCUUGGAAUAGACUGGUAUAUUCUGUUAAAGACUUAGAGUGAUCCAUUUGCUUACACUGUUGUAUCACAAAGGAUUCGCCCAGGGACCAUGACCUGCUGGUGUGUGUAUAUAUUUACAAAACAAAACAAAUCACCCAUCGGGAUAUAAGGUAGCAAUCACAAAGUAAAGACCUUCAGCUUGUUUAGGUGCAAUACCCCAAUUCCCAAAGUAACAGUGGGUCUUAAUUGUUUUUGUGACAGAAGGAUUUAUUCAGACUGCUGUACUCUUCAUUUGAUGUAACAAAAUGCUAUUAUCUAAAUAUUUGUAAAUAAAGUACCUGUAUCUAGAUUAAAUUGAA